AGAGACAGCAUCACACAGCAUCCGAACGUCGAAGCGAGAACAUCUCAGCACGCAUUCAACGAACUCACCACCAAAAAAUCUUCUACGAAAAUUAUCUAAUGUCGGCCAUCAGCAAGCAGAAGAACAACAACAACAACAUGUACAAGUCGAAAGUGUCGCCGUCUCGUCGCCUUAAGAAUCUGUUGAAGCCCCUUCUUGGCCAUGUCUUCAAGCUAAAGAAGGAGCAGCCCAAGAGAAGCUCCUACAUUGCAUCCGAGGAGAAGGAGUCCGAAUUCGAGUGGCUCAGCAACGAUAUGGACAACAUGGCCAAUGAGCAUUUGGAGCAUCGCCUGAUCGAGGAGAUUCGCCAAUGCGCCAAGGAAGAUGCCGUCAUCGUUUAUAAUGAAAACGGAUCUGGAGAACUCCAUACCAUUGACCAGGAGGAUUACUACGUUCCCGUCCACUUCGCUCGCACCAAUGCUGGAACCUUCUUCUGGACCUCCAUUCAACCCAAAGCCAGCGAACCCUAUGCCAUCGAAUGGAACUUCCUCGACCGUUGGGCUCAAGCUUGAACUAAUCGCCUGGAACAGCAACUUCAACCUUGAACUACAAUGGGGUUUUUCAACUUUCGAUUGGGAUAACUUCAACUGGACUGGAGCUUGGCUCUCCAGCGGGAUGGGUACUCCAGAGUUUGGGCACUUCGACUUUGGAUUCAUCGGUCUUGGGCAGCGCUUUUCGGAUUUUCAAACUCAAACUGAAAAUUUCCAAGAAAAAAGCGAUUGGGUAACCACAUUCAUAUGUGGUGGGAGGCAUUCCAACAAUUAUCCUUUUUUUUGCUGUGCAAAAAGCGGUUUCAAUUGUUUGGAUUUUCAAAGGAAAAAUUAAUAAACAAAAAAACUAAAAUAAACAUUGAAAAACAUA